AUGCCGUACCUUAAUGGGACAGGUAUUGAGGCAAACAUCACAAAAUUUGAAGCCGCAUCCCGUUGGGAGAAUGCAGUCUUCGUAACGGUAGCUGUCUUGUUCUCAGUCAUUGCUGCUAUUGGAUUUGUGGGCAACUCGCUGGUUCUGGUGGUUCUUCUCAACAACAGACCGAUGCGAACUACAACCAAUAUUCUUAUUGCGAACUUAGCCGUGGCAGACCUGUGCUUUAUAGUUUUUUGUGUACCUUUUACGGCCACAAUGUACAUUCUAGACUAUUGGCCUUUUGGAAGAUUUUGGUGCCGGUUCGUCUACUACCUGAUAUAUGUAAGCGCCUGGGCAAGUAUUUACACCCUGGUUAUAAUGGCGGUUGACAGGUUUUUUACAUUAGUACUUGUGUUCCAUUCGCUAACAUUAAAGACUCGGCGAAACACUGUCAUACUACUAGUUAUAAUAUGGGUAGUGCUUUGCCUUGUCAAUCUACCUGCCUACUAUGAACACGACCAACAUGUAUACUCGUUUGGUAACGAUAUACGGAUCAAGUGUUUGGAUUACAACCUAAUGUUCGAUAUUGAAAAGGCCAGACUAUUUUAUUUUUUCUUUUUUGCUUUUGGCUAUGCCCUACCACUGGUCACAAUUGUCGCGAUGUAUACAGUGAUCGUUUAUCGUUUAUACUGGCACAGAUGCCCAGAAAGAGCCAGGACAGCCGAAAUAAGCAAGGCAAAGAGACGUCUUACACGUGUUGCCAUCAUAGUCACCGCGGUUUUUGCGCUGUGUUGGCUUCCCAUACAGGUUGCCUUUCUGCUCCGAUUGCAAUGGGCAAUUCCAGAUGAAAGUCUGAAGUCUUUCUUGUAUUUCCAACUUUUUGCAACAUGCCUGGCCUAUACGAACAGUUGUAUCAACCCUAUCUUGUAUGCUUUCGUUUAUGCCAACUUCAGAAAAGGGUUCUACAGGGUUAUUUUCUGCAAGAAAGGGCAUGAGUUGGGGAUGGACUCAAACAGCAGGCGUUCUACGGGAAGAAGUCGCUUUGGUGAUGAGAUGCAUCCACUAAGGGAUAUGUCUGAGGUCACUACAAUUGAAGGUGUGCAUAUCUGAACAUUUAAUCUAUGAACUGAUUUUAUGUGAACACAGAAUACGUGGACUAUGUGAACUUAAUGUUUAGCUCAGUGGUUAUUCAUUGCUAGAAAACGGUUCAAGACACCGACAUUUUUCAAACUCUAAGUCCAACGAAAUGAAACAACGUUGGCCUUGUAUAUUUUUUGUAUUUCUUACUUACUCGUUAUAGGAAGCGUCGAAAAAUUUUAGAAAUACGGGGAAAAGGAUUGUAAGUUGUUUUUUCUCAUAAUUCAUAAUUUUUCUAUGGAAAUUAUGAAAUCUGUUUCUUACAUUCUUAAUAUAUGUAGAUGAUUCGGCAUUGACCAUGUUAUUGGCGUGACUUGUCAAUUUAUUUUCUCAAUUGACAUUUAUGACAGCGAUGGAGGUGUGAAAAAGCCUAUCACGCUUCGAGUAUUCUUGCAAUACUGUCCAUUAGUUAUAUACGGGAAAUAGUUCUCUGACUGAUUGUGACAUUUUAUCAGGAAAAACAUGCUGCCUGGAUUUUGAGUUAGACACUUUAAGUGGCAAAUCGUCUGGCAUAUAUCCAUUCUCUAAAUGACUUUGGCGCGUUCAGGUAGACAGCUUGCCAAUACAUAGCGUUUGCAGUUCAUAAAAUACCUAAUCAUCUUGAAAUAAAGUAAUAGAAAAGAUACGACUUCUCUUAAAGAUCAAAGAGAUGUCAGUUUUUUAUCUUGAUGAUUAAGCUUCUUGAAUUUCAUGAUGCAACAGAAGUUUAGUUCAAAUAUUGGUUCAUGUUUGAAAACAAGUCAUUCGUUUCUCCUCGGUGUCAUUAAUAUGAAAUGACAGCUGACAAUGAAAUGGCGUUCCUUAAGUGGUGGACAUGUUGGUGAA